AUGAAAUUCUUCGCUUGUGUUCUGUUCGCCCAGGCCGUGAUCUUCCAGGCCGUCUACUCUCAAUGCAUCAGAUCCUGUGGACCACGAGUGAUUGCCCCAAUCACGAGCCCACUUCUGCCCCCCACUGUUCUGCCUGCACCAGCGAUUGUUCCCGCCAUGUCCCCAUAUACAGUCCCCGCAGUUUCCCCGUUGGCAGUCCCCGCCGUAGCCCCAGUAGCUGUCCCCAGCGUAGCUAACAGUCUUGCUGAUACACUUUCCCUGUUGACUGUUAGCAGUCUGCUCGCUGAUACCCUGCCACUGUCAUACCCCAAUGUUGUAUCAACCCUGCCUGUGGUCGGUGGCUGCGGAUGUGGCUUGGGACCUAUCUAUUAUUAA